AUGGUCAAAAUCGCUGAGACGAUGCUUGAGAAGGGAUCAUCUCUGUUCUUUGCUGAAGGGGCUGUCAUCGAUGUCAUCCUCGAAGAAACGGAAUACCCGAGAGAUGACAAUGACGCAAGAGGUUCUCCAGGACACUACGCCAGUGCCGAGCCUGCCGAUCCUCCAUACGGCAUCACAUCAAAACUAAACGUUAAACCGUCGUCGGCGGCCGACUCAGCGCUGAGUCGCCGAACGCGCGUCGCGGCUCAAGCGCUCAAGCUUCAUGGUGUUCGCGUCUAUGCCUUUGACAUUCGCGUCUACAUGCCGAUAGGCGACCAGACCACAUAUAAAGGCGGGCGGUGUCUCGAGUGA